ACCUUUGAACUUGCCACCGCCUUCUUUCUUCUCUUCCGGGGACGGUGUCGAGAGGCAUUCAGAAUGGUUCAGCGUUUGACAUACCGUCGUAGGCUGUCCUACAAUACAGCCUCUAACAAAACUAGGCUGUCCCGAACCCCUGGCAAUAGAAUUGUUUAUCUUUAUACUAAGAAGGUUGGGAAAGCACCAAAAUCCGCUUGUGGUGUGUGCCCCGGCCGACUUCGAGGAGUUCGUGCUGUAAGACCUAAAGUUCUUAUGAGGUUGUCUAAAACAAAAAAACACGUCAGCAGGGCCUAUGGUGGUUCCAUGUGUGCUAAAUGUGUCCGUGACAGGAUCAAGCGUGCUUUCCUUAUUGAGGAGCAGAAAAUUGUUGUGAAAGUAUUGAAGGCACAAGCACAGAGUCAGAAAGCUAAAUAAAGAAAAAGCGCUUUUUUUUUGAGAAAUAAUACAUGUUUAUUGUUUUAAGCCAUUAA